AUGUCUCCUGGCUAUGGAACCUUCUGCAACUACUUCAUCAGCGAGAUUCCUGAAAACCCAUCCGAAACCUGCAGAUUUGAAAUCAGAUCGCACAAGCUGCAUCUGUUGAGCAUCGGAUUGCGUUGGGAGGGGAUUUUGGUGUGCCUGAUCUUCGUGGCUGCUUCAAAAGAGGAGCUAUUGUGGAGAAAAGAGAGGAGCUAUUGUGCCACUUAUCAGGCUGAGAGUUCUUCUCCUUCUAUGGGACUUGGAUCACCACAAGUCCCACACUUUGGUACCCAAAUAAGUGAGUCGGUUGAAGAGAAACCUGAGGGGCGCAGCGAGAGACGCAGAUGGAGUCAAACCGAAGACAUUGUGCUUUGCAGCUCUUGGUUGAACACAAGCAAGGAUCCUCUGAUGGGGAAUGAGCAGAAAGGAGAUGCGUUUUGGAAAUGCAUAGCUGAUUAUUUCAACGCAUCUACGAAGCUUGAUGGUUUCCAAAGAAGAGAGUCCAACCACUGCAAGCUUAGGUGGCACAGGAUAAACGAGCUAGUCUGCAAAUUCGUUGGAUGUUAUGAGUCUGCACAGAGGCAGAAGAGUAGCGGAUACAAUGAGGCUGACGUUCUGAAGAUGGCUUAUGACAUCUUCUACGCAGAUUACAAGCUGAAGUUCAACCUUGAAUAUGCCUGGAUUGAGCUCCGGAAUGAUCAGAAGUGGUGUGCACAGGCAACUUUUAAGGGUGAUGGAAGCUCCAAGAAAAGGAAGGAGCCUGAUCAAUCUGCAAGCACAUUCACACCGCAAGCCCGUCCUGAGGGUGUGAAGGCAGCUAAGGCGAAAGGCAAAAGAAGUGCGAGCAACUCCGGUACAGCUGAAAGCGCAGCGCCUUCUGCAGCUGAUUUUCAGAACAUGCUAAACGUGAAAGACAAGGACUUAGAUGUCAAAAACAGAAUGCUCAAGGUCAGACUGCUUGAAUGUCUGAUUUCAAGAACAGAAUCACUUACACCGAAUGAGCUGGCCCUGAAGGAUAAGCUAGUAACCGAAAUGCUUUCUAAUUAG